AUGCGUCCUGGCUACAUCGCGCUCCUGGCGCUUGCAAAUGCCGUCGUUCCUAAUUUUGCUGCACCGACAACGAUCCCAGCUUUGAUCUACAGCAACACCGCGUCUGACGUGACCAUAAGCACAAAUUCAGCUAUCCAAGCCUACGCUACAGAUUCGACGUCACCGGUAAGCGUGCGAGAGACCCCAGAACAUGGUUUACCGUCAGAGAAUGAAGAUUCCUUGACAUUGUCGAGAAGAAGAAUCAGUUUCGGGCAAGUCAUGGCCAAAACUGAAUGCGCUCUAGAUCCUUCUAAGAAGAAGCCAUGCUUCUCGAGUCUGAUGGAGACUGAAGCGAAAAUUACCUGGAGAAAAAGUGGCAUGUCGUCAAUCGACGGCAUUGACCGCUCAUUAUUGCUUUUUGAGUUUUAG